UCUCUGCUGCGCAGCAGACGUGGAGAGUCCGUCUUCUCCAUCUCAGCUGCGUACAGAGAGCCGUGUGCUGAAUUUGCGAGCCAAACUCUGCAGUGACUGAACAGGUUUGGAACAGCAGUUUUCAGUCACGCCAAAUAAUCGGCAGUGGGCUACCCAAAGGAACCAAAGGGAUUGAUCCCAUCCCUGAGGUUCCUUUUUUGGUGUUGGUCCCACUUCCUUUGCCGGUACUUUUAGAUCAAAAAACACCAUGAGCUCCGGUCAGCGAAAGCGCCCUGGAGAGGCGCUGGAUUCCACUCCAGCUCAGAAACGGAGCAGGCUGCUGCCCUCCAGAGCUGGUGGAACCUUGGAGACAGAGCCAAGAGAGGCUGAAGUCAUAGAUCUCACAGGAGAUUCUCCAGAGCCUGAAGUCAUCACCAUCAGCGACGAUGAAUCUCCUGUGAGCCCGCAGCAGCCACGUCUUUCCAGGGCCUCGGACAAUUCACCUGAGCCACUGGAAAGGAACGAUGGAGAGGAACCAAGAGAAGAUGAUGGUGAUUGGCUGCUGUUUGAAUUUGAUCCUCCCUAUUGGUCGGAUGAGGACUCCCAGUACAGAGAGCAGAACCAGCAGCACUCUCAGCUUUCCAGAUUAGCUGAGAAUUCAGCUGGGCCCCUGACAACUCCUGAUGAAGAGGAACCAAGAGUUAAUGAUGGGGCACAGCCAGCAGAUCCUGCUAGUCCUCUGACUACGGAGGAUGACAACUCAGAGGAGCAGGACAGGGAGCUGAGUCAGCUGCACUCACAGGAUUCCAGGGAGGCAGAGAAUUCAGCUGAGCUCUGGCCAAGUGAUGAUGAGGAGGAAUCACGAGACAACGAUGAUGCAUGGACAGCAAGUCUCAUCAGUCCUCCAAGUCCUGAGGAUGACAACGCAGAGGACUGGGAGGAGAGCCAGCAGUAUCCAUCUGAUUCCAGAUCAGAUGAGAAUUCAAACCCAGUGCUGGCAGGCAGACUUCAACAGGAGCCAAGAGAUCUAGAAUUUGCACCGCCAGGAGGUCCCGUUAGUCCCCCAAAUUGGGAGGAUGACAACGCAGAGUUUCCUGAAGGUGAGUUGAUGUUUGACACUUGGUAAUGUACUUUUAUCUAG